AAUGGAGAGUAUGUGACAUUGCGAGCUCUAAUCGAUCAAGGAUCCCAAAAAACUACUAUUUCCGAAGAAGCAUCUCAAAUACUUCAUUUACCAAGAAGAAGAGAAGUAACUGAACUACAAGGUUUAGGAAAUACCACAGUGGGAGUGUCCAAAUUUAAAAUCAAGCCGAGAUUCCUAAGCAACGAGGCGUACAAUGUCGAAGCACUAAUUUUGCCGAAAUUAGCGAGUGCUCAACCAGACAAAACGUUUAAAUGGGAUGUAGAACAAUUGAAAAACUACACUUUAGCUGAUCCCAGCUUCAAUAAAUCAGAUCGAAUCGAUAUUGUCAUUGGAAGUGACAUAUAUGCCGACAUACUAGAAGAAGGUAUAUUUAAAAAGGAUCGAAUACUAGGUCAAGCUACGAAAUUGGGCUGGAUAUUGUCGGGAGUUUUACAACAACCGAGAAAAAACAAUACAAUUUUAACAGCGGUUACUACAACAUUGGAGAAGUUUUGGGAAAUAGAAGACACUACAACUCCAGCAGAUACAGCAGAUGAUGAUGAAUGCCUAAGAAUUUUUGAAAAAACAACAGUAAGAAAUGGAACUAAUCGAUUUGUCGUCAAUCUACUUUUUAAACAAGAAAAAGAAUUGGGCGAUUCUCGCAAACAAGCUAUGGCGAGGUUUCUUAAUCUUGAGAAAAGGUUCGCUACAAAUAACGAGUUAAAACAACAAUAUGUGCAAUUUAUGAAAGAAUAUUCAGAAAUGGGCCACAUGGAAAAAGCAAGUGAAAAUAAAUGCGGAAAAUACUAUUUGCCACAUCAAGCAGUGAUUCGAGAAGACAGUAGAACGACUAAACUACGAGUAGUUUUCGAUGCGUCUGCAAAAACUACAAAUGGAAGUAGUUUAAAUGACAUCCUCUUCAUAGGACCGAGACUUCAAAGAGAUAUAUUUGACAUUAUAAUCAAAUGGAGACUUUGGCAAUAUGUAUUAACUAGUGAUAUUGAAAAGAUGUUUCGACAAAUUAAAAUAACAGAUAGUGAUCAAGAUUACCAACGUAUAUUGUGGAGAGAAACAAAAGGAGAGCCGAUAGAAGAAUACAAACUACAAACAGUUACAUAUGGGACAGCAUCAGCUUCUUUUUUAGCAACGAGAACUUUACAAGAAAUUGCCAAACUAUGCGAGCCCCACAACUAUUUGCUUUCAAACAUCAUUAAAAACGACUUCUACAUGGACGAUUUAAUGACAGGAGCAGAUUCAAUAGAUGAAUGUAAGGCCAUUCAGUAUGAAAUAUCGAAACAACUACAAAAAUAUGGAUUUCACUUAAGGAAGUGGAUGUCAAACAACAUUGAAAUCAUAGCAACAAUUCCGGUAAAUAACGCGAAUGAAGUAAUAAAAAUAGCAGAAGACGAAACAAUAAAGACAUUGGGUAUUCAAUGGGAUCCUACCAAAGACAUGUUUGGAUUUAAUACGAAUCUUUCAACGCAAAAGCUGGUUACAAAAAGACGAGCUUUGUCUGAUUUAGCGCGAAUUUUCGACCCAAUGGGAUGGCUUUCACCAACAACCGUUAUAGCAAAGUUAUUUAUACAGAAACUUUGGUUGAUGAAACUCAACUGGGACAAGUUACUUGACGAGAAUUUAACAAAAGAAUGGCAAGAGUUUAUGCAGCAUUUACCAGAGAUAAAACGAAUAAAAAUUCCUAGAUGGUUUGAAACUAAAAACAAUUUUAAAUUUGAACUACGUGGAUUCGCAGAUGCUUCAGAGAAAGCUUAUGCAGCAGUUGUAUAUGCUAAAGUUGGAUCAGUUAUAACAAUUGUUGCUGGUAAAACUAAAGUGAAUCCAAUUAAAAAUAAGAAAACGUUACCAAAACUGGAACUAUGCGCGGCUCACCUACUUGCUAAAUUGCUGCAAAGGAUAAAAACAGUCAUCAACAGAGAAAUGAAAAUAUUUGCUUGGAGCGAUUCAACUAUAACGUUAGCAUGGAUAAAUAAUUGCCAAAGUAAAGACAGAUUUAUUAGAACACGAAUAGAAGAAAUCAAAUUACUUGUUUCCAAUGCGAAAUGGCAACACGUUGGAACAAAGGACAAUCCAGCUGAUGUAGCAACCAGAGGGGUACUGGCGAACAAACUAAUAGAACACGAUCUAUGGUGGAAGGGACCAAAAUGGUCGCGAGAAGAGGAACAUCAUUGGCCAAUAAAGAAGAUUAUUCAAAUCGAUGCAACGUAUGUGACAACCUCAGAGAAAUUACAUUUCUUGGAUAAGAUCAUGUCGCAGAACAAUCUCAAUUACAUCGUCGACCCCAUUAAUGAUGACAUCGCAUCCUCACAAACUAUUUAUGUGAUGCAACCAAGUCCAAGCACAACAACAACUUCUUUGGAUAGUGCAACGUCGUCGGCAAUUCAAUCAGUAAUCAUCGACGCAUGUCAAAAGGCUGUUGAAAAGGUGGAGGAAAAAAAUAAGCUAAUAUUGUUGCGCCUAACAGAAAACGUUGAGGGAAUGCGCAAAGAAAUCAUUGAUCUUAAAAAAGCGGUAUCACAUAAUAACGCUACUAUUAUACCAAGCAAGCCGUAUGCUAAUAUUGAAGACUUCCUCAAUUUUGAGAAAACUAUUCUGGAAGAUAUAGAUAAAUUUUCCUUGCUGAAGGCAGAUCUAAAAAGAUGGUCAACAUCCAAUUCGAGAAAAUUUGUUACGAAAGCGUGGCAGAAGAUUAUGACUGACAACGUUGCUGAGAGCUUUUCCUGGCGAGGAACUGCAGAUAAGAAGUGCAUUAGGGCCUUCACUGUCGCCACUGCUAUUCAUCAAACUUUCGCUGAAAAUGGAGGAAAGGAAGAGGACUUUGUGUUUGCCUCUAAGUCAUAUUUCCAGUACGCAAAAAAUCGUAUUAAAAUUAAAACAACAAAAAAAGUAAACUAAAAUACUAAGUAGUAAUGAUUUUUUAAAUGAAAAAACAAUGAAGUUCCUAUUUUUAUAUUUUAAUGUAAUAUUAUUCUAUGAAGAAACCAAAUUUAAUAUUAAAACUGAUUUUUUAAAUGUAUCAAUAAAAAAACAUAUCCAAAACAAAGUAAAUGUUUAAAACGCUUACUUAUUUCAUUAAAAAUACGUGUUUUUUAAGCAUUUUCAAAACGUGUUUUAUAAGCAUUUAGAAAACGUGUAAUUACGUUACUUAAAAAACAUGUUUUGCAAUUGUCUUUUAAACGCUUAUAAUGAUGGGUCCGUUUCGAUUAUAAACCCCUUGCUUUGAUGUCUUUUGUAAAGGUCACAGCAGCGUUUUAUAAGUGUUUUGCUUACAUUUGAACGCUUACAAAACGCUUAUUUUUAUAUGUAAAUGCUGGCUGGGUACAGUCCACUAAAUGUCAAGUGCAAUGGUAAGCAACAAAAUUGUAAUAUGAGACUUGCUCAUAAAAAUGUGAAAAUCAUUGCACAUAAAAGAAAACUCAUAAAUUAGAGUAUACAUAAUACUAAUAUUAAAAUACAAAAUAUACAUACUCGAAAUAUUAAUGCACACAAGCAACAGAUAAGAAAGUACCAAGCGUGUGUACGUAUGUGUAUAAGUGCGUUAGAUGCACUAAUCUAAAAAACUAUAAAAUAUCAAUGCGUUGGUAUCUGAAAAAUGCAAUAAAAAUAUAAUACAUAUUUACACAUGUGUAUGCACACUAAGCAUACACACAUAUACAUAGUUAAGAAAUUAGAAUUAAGAAAUGUAUUGAGGGAAGAAAUUUGAAUAAAGAAAAUCAGAGUCAAAAGUGAACUCUCACAGUACAGACUUAAGCAAAGACUGUUUUUUCUGUACACGUGCAAUGCUACAAUUUUGUUGUGGUGCGUUCUGUGUAGUGUUUCUUGAAAUCGUAGGCUGCUUAACCGAAUUUAGCACCGUACGUCUGCCAAUGCUAAGAGUGUUCAAGAAGAAUUUUCUGCAAACUUUAACACUUUUUUGCUCGACUCUUACAUGGUAUUGAAAUGUUCGACUCCUUCUGCUCUUGUGUUUAUCUUUGCGAUUUCGCAUUCUUGCAGGAGUUGUUACUUGAAUCAAUGUAUUUACAUAAGUCUGUUUCUCUUUCCAGUCCAUUUGCCAGAAUUGUUUAAACAAUGCUUGUCUUUAGUCUUCAAUAAUUUUUGCACAGUGGAGAGCAGUAGAACUAGAGGCUUUUUUACAGCUACAUCGCUCUCCAAUGACUUUUGCAUUUCUAACUAAACUAACUCUAACUUUCUUUUUCCCCAGAUAAAGUGUCCCAUUGUUUCUCUGUUUUUUUAUUUUUUGCUGCGAACCAAGCGGGAUUAACCAUUUUUCCUCUUCUUUUGCGCGUUUGUGACUUAGAAGGAAGGUCAAGUGAUUCAUCCGAAUCGCUAUUAAAGCCAUAAGGCACCAGUCCUAAAACUUCAUCAUCUGCGUCAUUGCCAUAAUCGCUGCAAUGCUCGUUACUGCUUUUAUCACUAUCCAUUGAAUUGAAAUUCAUCCUAAAAAUAAAAAAUAAAUAGUUUUUAUUGAAAUUAUUUGAAUAACUACUUUAGCACUUUAUAAUUAUAACUAUUACACUUACGUAAAUCUUAAGCUUGUUCGUCGCGCUUAUAUACUUUUUUUCUAACCAAUUUUUCUAGUCGUUCGGGAGCACGAUUGCCGCUUCGUCAACCUCAAGUAUCACAAAAAAACACAUAAUCGAAGUGUCGAAUAACACAGCAGCAAUGCCGUGUUACCUAGCAAAAAAGACAAAGCACACUUUAGGUAGCAAUCACAUUGUCAUGUGGACUUAGCCCGCGCGAUUUGACAGUUGAGGACUUAGCACUUUUGCACACCACUGCCCAAAAUAGCUUUAAAAUAAAGUAAACCAAUUUUUUUUGUAGCUGAUGUGUUUUAUAUUUAUCUAUCGAAUCUCUUCAAAAUAUCAAUUUUGACCAUAAGUGGACUUAGCACCUUUGCACGUUAAGUCGACGAUAUAUAAAUUUAUUUUAUAUAUAGAAAAUGGAAAAGCUGAAGAAAGAGAGAAAGGUAAGCAUUGUGAUUUGUAUGUUGUCUAUAUAAUUAAAACUUUUAAUAUUACAGAAAAGCAUUUAGGGCAUUUGUAUAAUUCAAAUAUGAUAUUGCGAAUUACAAAAAAUUAAGGUGAGUAAGUUAUAGAUGAUUAACUUUACUUUAAAGAUAUGUAGUUACAUAGUGUAUAUUUAAUUCAAAAAGUUGUGUUUUAGAUUGUGCAUUUGCGUAAAAUAUAUAAUUUGUGCGUUAUAUCUAUAUGUAUGUGGGAACAAGUGAAGAUGAUGCGUUAUGCUUGACGUCCAAUAGCAAAAGA